AUGACGCUCGUGAGCGAUACUCCAGCCCCGUCAGUAUUCCCUCCUGCUGCUCCGAGCACAGCUGCUGCAUUCGAGGUCUCGGCUUGGUUCCGCGCGCUCUCUGGUAAAUACGACACUCGGCAAUAUGGACAAGCAUCAUUCUGUCGCAAUGAUCAGUACAUUACGACGUCUUCUGCAUCGACGUGGGGCUUACUCCUUCCAAAAUCCACUUGGAAAUGCUUUGCAAAUAAUCAGUCAAUCCGUGCCGUCCUCCAUCCUGGGCCUCUCGAAGAAGACCGGUCCAACUCACUCUUUGCGACAAAAGUAGUGCCCGCACGUCUGCAGCUUGGUUACUCCAAGGUCCCUCUCUGA